AUUGGUCUUGAGCAUGCUUUAUUCAUCGUCAUGCUCUUCGGAGCGAGCGGCCAUGAGAUAGAGCCAUCGGUCAAAGCCUACAGCCCUGAGAACAAGGGAUCUGAAACUACAGGACGCCUCAGUGAUAUCGCAAUUGUAGACAAGAAGGAGGACGAUACACCAGGCGGGCUGGAGUUCGUCGUGAUGAUCAUGGACAAAUAUCCGUACUGGAGUUUCGUGAAAAAGAGGGAGAUCACUGCCUUUCGCAAUGUCGAGUCUAAUAUUAGAGAGCCACAUAGCGAGGACAGAACGAAUCAUGUCCGUGAUAGCUUCAAUCUGCGUGGGAAUAUGAAGAAUAUCAACUUUUCCCCCGUCGCGAAAUGCUUCCCAACGGGCCUACUGAUGAAUAUUUCUUUGGAUAUAGAGACAAUUUCCAUCGCGGUACACUGUUCGUCAGCAAAUGCACUGUUCGUCAGCAAAUGCACUGUCAAGGGUCUGUUCGCUUGA